UCACGCGACGAUAGGGUUUAAUUUUGGCACUUUCGAUGUUAUUGGUGUGUUCCGUUGCCGAACUAUGUGGCGACAUUGUUGACCCCCCUCACAGGGGAUUUGGCUUUCGGCGCGCCUUUCGGUAUGCUGGAAACGGGGAAAGACGCCGCGCCUGUACUGUAUUUGUGGAACGGGUCAAAAAGUCCUAUGGCCGAAAGAGCACAGACCUAGAAUGGCUGACAAUUCCAGCGGUCAAGCUUCUCAACGAGGCUGUACCUUUUGUCUUCCCCUCCGGCUGUCUUCCCCCUCAAGCUCGCCUGCUGAUAUCGAAACUUCAAUCGCUCAAGGCAGGAGCGUCCCGUCAUCUCUUUGUAGAGAUCGCGAUUACAGUAGUGUCCAAACGCCUGGCAACUGGGUCGUGCGAAAAGACUUCCUUUCUCAUCUUGCUGCGGCUCGCGACGAUGAGGGCAAGCCUCUGGGCGAACAAGAGCUGACGGCUGAGGCUCUGAGUCUUAUCGUCGCUGGCUCUGAUACCACCUCUAGUUCUAUUGGUAUCGUCACGUACCACGUCGCGCGGAACAAGAAUAUGCAAGCAAGACUUCAAAAAGAACUGGACGAUGUUCUCGGAGUCCCGAACUCUACCUUCGGUGCCGAUGAGGUUGUAGCGCCCUUCGAUCUCGUUAAGAACCUCACAUAUCUCCAGGACGUCAUCAAUGAAGGUCUUCGCCUCCAUUCCACGAUCGCUUGCAGUGCUUCGGGAUCGACAACGGAGACAUAUUUGGGCGAAAGACGAACAAAGGGUCCUAUCAAAACUUGGGCCAUGACUCGGAACGACGACGUACCUUUGUACGCUUUCGAAGCCAGCCAGAAGCUGGAGAAGUUAGCCAGCAGAGGCCCGGGGUAUCCCAUCAAGCAGUUUUUGUCGACGAGAAAAGGAAUGGCCCAUGCAACGAGUAGAACCGCCGCAGGAAGUACGGCGAUGGAUUUGAGAUCUAGCUGGGGUAGUAGGAGAUGAGUCUGUUCCAUAGUGAGAGGGCUGACGGUAUAUAUGCCAUACUACUCUUGAGUGCGCGCUCUAAGGCGGCCUGGAAUCAUGCGGCAGAUUUUAGGGUUUAAAGUGAUCCUUCUAAGAGGCGCCUGAGUUUACCUGAUAAUGAGCGGUAGCAAGCAUUGGAAUGUUACCGUGAGAGUGGCAGUAAACUUAGCUUGCGUCCCCCGGAGGGUGGCGUCCAGACAACGAAUAGGAUGGCCACGGGGUAAAGCUGAAACGCGUAAGCUGGCUGACGAGCAAACUGCUCAAUAGUCCGUGCGCGUCGGCAGAUAAGGAGCAGAAUGUCGAAGUUACAUGCAAGAAUGAUAACGUGCACUGCAUAUGUGCGGACGCAUCAGGCUAGGUGCGAGAGGAAUCAGUCAUAGAUGCUUCCUCCGAACGGACACUUGCAGCAUACAACUGCCAUAUAACCACUAGCAGA